AUGGAUUAUCAUAAUCAUAAUCCAUAUCCCUCUGCCGCGAAUGGGCACGCCGCUCAGUCUUCGACAUCCUCAGUCAACCUGGGCUCACCCACCACGUCCAUGUUCUCCAAAGGCCACUCGUCACGAGGCUCCAAUUCGUCCAUCGCGUCGUCCCCACUCCCGCGAGAAUCACUCGACAUGUACGGGGCACCCAAAAGAUUGGAAGAUGUGACGGAGGAACCUCACGAAAGGGAUGAGUUUGAAGAGUACACCUUGGUGAGCGACGGGAUGUAUGACUGGAGUGACUGUGACAAGGCCUACUCAAGUCACCACGGCCAACUCUCCCCACCAGGUUCUCCAGGACGACAACAUGAAUGGAGCUUGAGAGACGCAGACGACUGGGCUCAGCCUCCCUCCGGGCUUGGGAUAUUCAAACGCCGCAAAUCCAUGGAACAGCCCGCCCCUGUCCACCGUCACCGCUUCAGCAGUAGAUUUGGCUCCAUCUCACGACGCUGGAAGAAUCGGUCUGCUCCAGGACCGCCAAUGUCCAUCGUCACCCACAUCGACUCUCCCUUGUCUCGUUCUGGGUCUCUUAAAUCGUCGCAAGUCUGCAGUCCGACUUUGAGUGUUAUAUCUAAGCGGGAGAGCUUGGUUACCUCGUCGCCAGUCAUACCUGAGAUCAGCGAACUUUCAAUCGAACCAGAAGCAAAACCAAUCGAUAUAGUGCAGAAGCCGGCAGAGGAUGAGGAGCCAUGUCAAGCAACCACCCCGCUAUUACCACCGAUUUUGACAGAGCUGAGCAAGUUGGAGGAACCAGUCCACUCUCCUCUUCAAUCGCCUACCAUCGCACCCACACCUACAAUCAUGGGCUCCACGACAUCGAUCGAGCGUCCCCUGUCAGGCCUUUCGUCCCCAUCUCUCUCGACCAAGCCAUCCAUGGUCUCCCUGCAUAACAGGUCUCGCACAAACACUAUGACCAGUUCACCCUAUGGUGAGAUCGCGCCAAUGUACCCCCUGGAUGCACUUUCUGAUCCCUGGGCGGUCCGACUCGGUCAUGCCGACUUCACAAUCUACCCCGAACCAUUCGCCCCCGAGACGGUCGACCUGGAGUCAUACACUGACUUCCGCAACAAUUGGGAUCAGGCUCGAACCAAUUAUGCUAGGCACAUCACCCGGACCGCGGAGCAUUACGGGUCGACUUCGAAAGUGUACAAACUCACUGAGGAGAAAUGGGCGAGCGUUGACGAAGUCUGGCAAAGACAACACACGCUAAUGAGAAAUAUCCUUGCUCCUGUUCUAGCUCGUCUGAGCGACGGCGGGUCGGAUCUGCAAGCCUCGACCACGUCAAGUGCGGUCCUAGAGACGCCUAUGAGCAAAGUUGUCUUGCCCAUCAUCGACGACAAGAGCGGCAAAUUUCCUGAACUCGGCGAUGGAGAGAUUAUUGGACCUAUGACAGUUGCUCGUCCUCGAGCGUUGACCAACCAAAACAAAAGUGCAGAACCAAAAGGCCCUACUCUCUUACCCCACAAGCGCAAUCUCAUCAAAAUCCUAACUGAUGUUUUCCGCACUUGA